AUUUCAUAUCGUUUGCAACGCCGGAUAGUAUAGUUCGCGCGCGGUCACGCUGUUCCAUUCAACUCAUUUUUAAGGCAGCAACUAAAAUCUAGUGCCCCCGCGAUAAAAGCAACGAUUUUGUGAACUUCAACGACAAAUAUAACUAAAGGAAUUCCGAUCAACAUCCAGCGCUUUUUGGCAGGUGGAACCUUUGACUAAGCAACAGCCAAUAGCCGCUUGACAAUUGUCUAGUAAUUACGCAAAAAUUCCGCCACUCACACAUAUAGACACACGCCACCCCCCUCCCUCGAACGCAACGACGUGCAGAAAGAAACGGAAAGUAAAGUAAAAAGAGGAGAAAAAGAGCGCAAAAAUGACUUCCGACAUAGCCAUGCAACUGAUUGUCAUUUUGGAGAAGACGGUGUCGCCAGAUAAAAAUGAAUUGCUUUCGGCAAAGAACUUCCUGGAGCAGGCGGCAGCCAGCAAUUUGCCCGAGUUUCUCAAGGCGCUGUCGGAGAUCCUGGUGAACACGACAAAUAGCGCUGUGGCUCGCAUGGCAGCCGGUCUCCAACUGAAGAACCACUUGACCAGCAAGGACGAGAAGAUCAGUCAACAAUAUGAGGAGCGCUGGCACCAGUUCCCCACCGAGAUUCGAGAGCUCAUCAAAAAUAACAUCCUGGCUGCUUUGGGUACCGAGAACACGCGACCCUCUUGCGCCGCCCAGUGCGUGGCAUACGUGGCCGUUAUUGAGCUGCCCAUCAAUCGUUGGAAUCUGCUCAUCCAGACGUUGGUCAACAAGGUGGUUAGCGAGGGAUCCACCGAAAUGCAUCGCGAAGCGGCCCUGGAGGCCAUCGGCUACAUUUGCCAGGAUAUUCGGCACGGGGUAAUGGAAAACCAGGCCAACGAUGUUCUCACCGCCAUUAUCCAUGGCAUGCGCAAGGUGGAACCAAGCAACCACGUCCGAUUGGCGGCCACCACAGCGCUGCUCAACUCGUUGGAGUUUACCAAGUCAAACUUUGAGAAGGACAUCGAACGCAACUUCAUUAUGGAGGUGGUGUGCGAGGCCACACAGUGCCAGGACACGCAGAUCUGUGUGGCGGCGUUGCAGUGUUUGGUCAAGAUUCUAACCCUGUACUAUCAAUUCAUGGAGCCCUACAUGGCACAGGCUCUGUUCCCGAUCACUUUGGCGGCGAUGAAAUCUGACAACGAUGCGGUGGCUCUGCAGGGCAUCGAGUUCUGGUCGAACGUGUGCGACGAGGAGACAGAUCUCGCCAUCGAGAGCCAGGAGGCCACGGAUCAGGGCAGGGCACCGCAGCGGGUAUCGAAGCACUAUGCUCGCGGCGCUCUACAGUACCUAACGCCCGUCCUUGUCGAGAAGCUGACCAAGCAGGACGAGUGCGAUGAUGAGGACUCGUGGAGCCCGUCAAAGGCCGCCUCCGUCUGCCUAAUGGUACUCGCCACUUGUUGCGAGGACGAAAUUGUUCCGCAUGUCUUGCCGUUCAUCAAGGAGAACAUCGAGUCGCCCAACUGGCGCUACCGCGACGCAGCGGUCAUGACCUUCGGAUCUGUGUUGACCGGACUAGAGACAAACACCCUAAAGCCGCUGGUGGAGCAGGCCAUGCCGACGCUUAUCGGCUUAAUGUACGACAGCAGCGUCAAUGUGCGUGACACUACCGCCUGGACCUUUGGCCGUAUCUGCGACACCAUUCCCGAGGCGGCCAUCAACAAGACAUAUCUACAAACACUGUUGGAGUGCUUUGUGAAGAGUUUGAAGUCGGAACCACGUGUGGCCGCCAAUGUCUGCUGGGCCUUCAUUGGUCUCUCGGACGCUGCCUAUGAGGCAGCCGUGACCACCGAGGGCGAAACUCCGGAGACAUACGCACUGUCGCCGUUCUUUGAGUACAUUAUAACUCAGCUGCUGGUGACCACCGAUCGCUCGGACGGAGCUCAGGCCAAUUUGAGGGGCGCCGCCUACGAGGCACUCAUGGACAUGAUCAAGAAUUCUCCCUUGGAUUGCUACUUGGUGGUGCAGCGCACCACACUUGUCAUAUUGGAGCGUUUGAACCAGGUGAUGCAGAUGGAGACACAGAUCAAUAACCACAGUGAUCGUCAUCAGUUCAACGAUCUGCAAUCGCUGCUCUGCGCCACACUGCAGAGUGUGUUGAGAAAGGUCCAUGAACAGGAUGCCCCUCAGAUUUCCGAUGCUAUUAUGACCGCCUUGCUCACCAUGUUCAAUUCGAGCACUGGAAAGGCUGGUGGCGUACAGGAGGAUGCAUUCCUGGCCGUUUCUACUCUGGUGGAGCUCUUGGGCGUUCAGUUUGCCAAGUACAUGCCGGCUUUCAAGGACUUUUUGAUCAUGGGCCUAAAAAAUCACCAGGAAUAUCAGGUGUGCUGUGCCUCUGUCGGCGUUACCGGUGAUAUCUUCCGUGCGGUUAAGGAUUUGAUGGUGCCCUACUGCGAUGAGAUUAUGUCCGUGAUGCUGACCAACUUGGCGGAGCCAACUUUGCAUCGCAGCGUCAAGCCGCAGAUCCUGUCCACCUUUGGCGAUAUCGCUUUAAGCAUCGGCAGCCACUUUAUCAAGUAUAUUAACGUGGUGCUGGAAAUGCUACGCGUAGCCUCCAAUCUGCAAAUCGAUGCCAACAACUAUGACAUGAAUGAAUACAUCAACGAGCUGCGCGAAAGUGUUCUGGAGGCCUACACGGGUAUCAUCCAAGGCUUGAAGGGCAUGGACCAGACUGCACAUCCUGACGUAAUGCACAUGGAGCCCCAUCUCGGUCAUAUCAUCAGCUUCAUUAAGCGCAUCGCUCAAGAUGGCGACGUCUCUGAUUCGAUGAUGGCCAGCGCCGCCGGCUUUAUUGGAGAUUUGUGCACGUCCUUUGGAUCACGUCUCUGUCCUCUGUUGGACGAUGCGAUCAUUACCCACUUCUUGGUCGAGGGCAAGCGGUCCAAGGGACAGCGCACCAAAAUGCUGUGCACCUGGGCCGUUAAGGAGAUCAAAAAGAUUAACAACCAGGUCAUUACGCAGUAAAUCCCAUGCUCUAGAGGUUAAUGUUUCCUCCCUAACCGCCUCAUACCACCUGAAAUAAUUGUAUGUUUUGCAGCCAAACUGUCCAGUCCGAAUUCUCUAAUAAGAAACUAUGAAUCUAUUUACUAAGUUUGUUUGUCCGAUCUAUAUUGUUGCUGUGCAACGUUUAAACGCUAAGACACAUUGUUUAUAAAACCCCAAACUAGUUGUAAGCUGUAUCCUGAAUCCCCAUUAAGAUUUAAUUAAGCCCCGUUGACCCAUAUAGCGAUUCCAAAAGCAGGCUGUGCCCACUGACUAAAACACAAAUUACUUUCCUCGCCACAACAGCAAAUUAUGACAAUUAUUUAAGAACGCCUUGAGGGGGCAGUAUUGUGUCUUUUGAAAUCGCUCUUGUUUCUGGCGAUUUUUAGCUCCGAUUUUAGAGAUUACCAAAAAAAAAUAUUUAGUUGAAAGUUGUUAUAAAAUUUUGUAAAAAAUCGGUAGAAAAAAAACCAACAUGAUUAAAUAUGCUGCAAUGCAACUCUAUGGAAACAUUAACUUAUAGCAGCUAACUGCACAAUACUUUAAUUUUUAAGAAAAAUUUCAUGUAAAUCCCACUAUCCUAACUACCCAAAAAAGGAGAAAAAAAAACUAAAAAAAAACAGCAUGAAUGACCUGUGUGCGAUUUGUGAACUGAAUGUGAUGAGCUGAGAGCGAGUAUGUACUAUUAUCUUUAAGUCUGAGGAAUAACUGUUGUCCGACACCUAAUGCCUAUAUAUUUAUAGUGUGAAUCUGUGAUGGAUGCUUGCGAGAAACUGUAAAAGGUCUUGUGAUUGAGAAAAUAAACCCACGAAAAUGAUUAUGUAUGAAAAUGGAUGAAUAUGACUUCCUUUUCCUUUGGCGCGCGUGUGUUGGCGUGUGUUGUGUGAUAUUAUGAAUUAAGUCUAAGAAACGAAUGGUUCUAGAAACGUAAGCAAAUCAAAAAGAUUUUAAACGGAUUUCAAUUUAAAUUUACACAAAGAAACGAAACGAAACUAAAUGUAACUCACUCAAUGACGACUGAAAACAAAACAAAACAAAAGAAAAGAAAUCUUAGCAACUAAAAAAACGAAUUACGAAAUGACUUUAGGACGUACAAAGGCAAGGGCGUGGAAUGUUGUCACAGAAAUCGCUAUGGAUUUGAAUUCAAUUAAAUUUGUAACCAAAAGUAUGCGCUUCUGUCAAAAAUGGAACUUAUUUCAUACAUUUUGACACAUUUUUCAUUGUAUUUAAAUCCGCUGAUAGCUUCAAAUAAAACGAAAACAAAAGAAAAGAUAAAACCAAUUAAUAUAUAUAUAAAUUUCUUGCAACUUCCACGAUCUUGCCCACAAGCAACACCACAAAAAAAUAUAAGAGUAACUCUAAUUAUUUUAUUUUUUUACAACAAUUAAGUGUGCUCUCUCAUUAAUUCCAACCAAUGACGCUUAAUUUUUGCUUCUCAUUUUAUGUUAUUUUUGUAAUAUUAAUGGAACAACGAGAAAUAAUAACAAAAAGAAAAAACAACAACCAAGCAACUACCUGCAGCACACAAAAAAACAUGUGUAAUUAAUAUAUAUAUAAAUAUUAGGUAAACGAAAGAUACUAAAGCUAAAACACAACGGACCAGGGUAUACAACAAAACAAAUGCAUGCUUUAUUUUUAUUUUCCAUAGGAAUGUAGAACGCGCAUAAAGACAAAGACAAAGGACACUUGGACACUUAUUUCAAAGACGACGCACACUCUUAUUUUGUACUUCUUUGCCUCAUAACAUAACCAGAAACUACCUUACAAAAAAGACGCGACUGUGAACGAAAUGAGAAAAUAAAAUAUACAACAUCAAGUCGAAAACUAACCGUUUAAAAUCUUUUCAAAACAUUUCAUUUACAUUAAGAGCAAGCGAAACCAGUGUGAACUGCUUUAGAUUUAAGCGCAUCUCCUAUAUUAAAAAAUAGAAUAUAAACAAAAAACAAUCAAGAACUCGUUAAACAAAGCUUGAUCCGAAUGUUCAACCUUUGUUUAAUGAAUUCAAGUAGCCCAACAAGUUGUCAUUUCAAAAGAAAUCUACUAAUUGGUAAUAAUGUUUUUCGUUUCGUAAUAAACGAAAUAUCGCACAGCCGU